UUUUCUCAGUUCAGUUCCUUCACAACCAAUAUCUUACUUUGAGCUUCUGCAGAAGAGCAAAGGCAGGUACCACCAUGGUAAAGUUUCUACUGCUGGCUUUGGCAUUUGGUCUGGCUCAUGCUCAUGCUGAGAUUGAUGGAAAAUGGGUUACCAUUGCCAUUGCUGCUGACAAUGUGAACAAGGUAAAGGAAGGAGGACCUCUGAGAAUCUACCUUCGUGAACUUACUUGUACUGACGCCUGUAAUAGAUUGGGAGUCACAUUUUAUAUCAAGGCGAAUGGCCAAUGUACAAAGACCACAAUCAUUGGGAAUAGACAAGAAGAUGGCAAGUAUAGAGCACAGUUUGAAGGUGACAACACAUUUGGGCCUGUGUAUGCAACACCAGAGUUUACAAUCUUUGCCAAUCAUAAUGUGGAUAGAACUGGCCAGACAACAAACAUGAUUUAUGUUUAUGGAAAAGGUCAACCUUUGACUCCUGAACAAUAUGAAAAAAUUGAGGAAUUUGCUAAGGUCCAGAACAUUCCAAAAGAAAACAUUCAAGAUGUUCUGGCUACAGAUAUUUGUCCUAAAUAAUCACCAUCUUUAGGUGAGAAAAUGAUAAAAAGAGGAUCUCUGGGCUAAACUAAGAUAUUUGAGAUGCUUCGGUGCAAGGAAAUAGCAUGUCUGAAAAAGCAGAUGAAUGGCUCCUGAGAAUUGACAUAAAAGGAUGAAAUUUGAGGAUUCCUGAGUGAUGUGGGAAGUUCUACUGUAUAUGUGUUGAUUUUAUUGGUUAAUUUGAAUAAAGCUAAUUUUGGCUAAUGAAUUAACAGAGUACAGCAAGGUAGGAAAUCUAAACAGAGAUGUAGAGGGAGAGAGAGUGUAGGCAGAGUUGGAGAGAAACCAUGUAGCCACCACAGGAGACAGAGGCCUUGAUGGGAGCUCACUGAGAAAUUUCCAAUAGGCUACGGCCUUGUGAUAAUGCAGAGAUUAAUGAAGACAGGUUAGUUUAGGGUAUAAGAGAUAGCUAAAUAUAUACUUAAGGCAUUGACCAAACAGUAUUGCAAAUAAUAUAAUUUCUGUGUGAUUAUUUUGGGGUCAGAGUAGUUGUGAACGAAGGAACAGCCUCUGUCAAUACCUAAGCUUGCCCUACAUGUGAAAGCCACUUAAGCCCAAUUUUGAUAGGGGGUUGAUUUUAAAAAGUUGUAUGUCUUGGGAAAAAGGAGAGAAAACUUGGUCAGUUGACUUUGUUGUCUAAAACUCACUGUCUCUGGCAAAUUUCAAUUUCCCUUUUUAAAUUUUUGCUGGCAAAAUUAAAUUAAAAUUUCCUUUUGAAACACUUU